GAAGCUAGGAUGAUGUCUUAGCCGGGAAGUGGGGUAAUGUGGAUCCGAAGAGGUCACACCUUGCAAAGAAGCACCUGGAGAUCUGGAGGACGUGGGGUACGCGGGCUCCUCUGCCGAGAGCAGGAUCCGAAGCGGGUCAUUCCGCAGGAGCGGCAGUGCCCCUCGGCCAUCAACGGCCUUCGACGGGCCCAUUUGGACGAAUGCCCGUCCUCCGUACAAUUCGCAUUUCUCUCCUCCUUAUUCUUCUUUUUUCCCUUCUUUCCCUCUUCCUCCUUCUCACUCACCUCAGCCUUUUCUUUUGUUAAUUGCUGAUUUUUGGCCACUGUCUCUGUCACCAGGUACCUAUCGCGACACACACACUCUCUUGUAUUAAGCUGUAACUAUAGUUGCGAGGUCUUUCAUAAUGUCUCCUGCAGGGUUGUACGUGCGGACGCUCCGAGCCUACGCUCGUCAUGGCUCAAAUCCCACUCCCGUUCUCGCCCGCGCAUUUUCUGCGUCAGCAAGCAGAGCGGCGAUCAAUAAAGUCUAUCCUUCAGCCAGCGAAGCAUUGAAGGACAUGAAGUCCGACACAACUUUGCUUUGUGGUGGAUUUGGACUGUGCGGUGUGCCGGAUACCCUCAUCGAUGAGGUUCUGAAAAAGCCAGAGAUCACGGGUCUGACCGCCGUGUCCAACAACGCCGGUACCGACUCAUCAGGCUUGGGCAGGCUGCUCAAGACGAAACAGAUCAAGAAGAUGAUCGCCAGCUAUAUCGGAGAGAACAAGACGUUCGAGAAGAUGUAUCUCACUGGCGAAGUUGAGCUCGAGCUGACUCCGCAGGGCACGCUCGCGGAGCGCUGCGCGGCGGGAGGCAAAGGCAUUCCGGCCUUCUACACCCCGGCGGCCUUCGGCACGGUCGUGCAGACGGGCGACCUGCCGCUGCAGAACAACCCCGACGGGACACCGGCCAAGUUUUCUUACCCCAAGGACGUCAAGGUCUUCAACGGAAAGUCGUACCUCCUGGAGCACAGCAUUGCCGGCGAGUACGCCUUCGUCAAGGCCUACAAGGCGGACAAGCUCGGCAACUGCCAGUUCCGGCUCGCGGCCAACAACUUCAACGGCGCGAUGGGACGGAACGCCAAGAUGACGAUCGUGGAGGCUGAGCACAUCGUCGAGCCCGGCGAGAUCGCCCCCGAGGCCAUCCACCUCCCCGGAAUCUACGUCAAGCGCGUGAUCCAGAGCACGAGCGAGAAGAACAUUGAGAAGUACACGUGGGCCAAGGACGAGAACGACGCCGACGCCAACAAGUCGGUCUUGGGCUCGGGCGACACGGCGGCGAAACGCGAGCGCAUCGUCAGGCGCGCGGCCAAGGAAUUCAAGAACGGCAUGUACGCCAAUCUGGGCAUCGGCAUGCCCAUGUUGGCACCGGGCUUCGUGGGCCCCGAUGUGGAGGUGCAGCUGCAGUCGGAGAACGGCAUCCUGGGUCUCGGCCCGUACCCGAAGAAGGGCGAUGAGGACCCAGACCUGAUCAACGCGGGCAAGGAGACGGUGACGCUCAACCCGGGCGCGGCGGUGUUCGGAAGCGAGGAGAGCUUCGGAAUGAUCCGUAGCGGUCGCAUCGAUCUGACCAUCCUCGGAGCCAUGCAGGUGAGCGCGACGGGCGAUCUUGCCAACUGGAUGCUUCCGGGCAAGGUCAAGGGCUUCGGCGGAGCGAUGGACCUGGUCAGCAAUCCCAGCGCGACCAAGGUGGUGGUCACGAUGGAGCACACGGACAAGAAAGGAAACCCCAAGAUUCUCAAGCAGUGCGCGUUCCCCUUGACAGGGCGGGCCUGCGUGUCGCGAAUCAUUACUGAGCUGGUAAGUCCCCUACGGAGCCAACGGGCCCAAGGACGAUGUCAUGAUAGUGUCGAGAAAAGAAAGGAACUGACGAAACAAUACAGGGCGUAUUUGAUGUCGACUUCGCUCAUGGAUUGACGCUGGUUGAGAUUGCCGACGGUGUAACGGUGGACGAGAUCAAGAGCAAGAC